UUUUCAUACUGACUUGAACUGGGUAGCAAACAAGUGUUAACCUAAUGUAUUUUGAUGGAGGUUUACACUUAUGGGUUAUUACUUAUUACCCUUUUUGGUAUUCAUUCAUGAUAUUUGGUAUUUGCUUGUUAUGUUACCUUUCAAGGGGAAUUAGAAGUUCAAUUUCAUGUGGCUGUAAUCUGAAUUUUGUGUUGUAAGCUUUUGCUCUAUCUGUCAAGUUUACAAGAUAGAUUGUUUUGCAAUGAAGAAUCCAGGAUACUACUAGUAUAGGAUGUGCCGAACACUCACAUUGGCAACAAUUAUUUUGUAUUCUAUGUUACACAAUGAGCUUUAAAUCAAAUGACUUGGGCAAUGGCCAGGCGCAGCCUAGAGUCCUCCCUACUAUAGGUUUAAGGGUCAAUUUGGACUGAUUGUGGUUGAUGCUCCUAUACUGGAUGUUGUCGGUGGAUUGUUCAUGAGGAGUAUAAGUAACUUGUGGAUUGGAUAUUGUUCAUUUUCGACCUAUUGUGGCUGAUUCUCUUCAAGGAGAACCUUGGUGGAGCGGUCUAGGUGUCAUACUGUGUGACCGAAAGGUUACCAGUAUGGAAACAACCUCUUGCAAAAAUGCAAGGUAAGGUUUGCCUCCAUUACAUCUCUAUGGUGGACCCUUCCCUAGACCCUUUCUAUGUAGGGACGCUUUGCGCACCACCACCAGCAUCACCACUAACAAUGCCAGAGCCUUAGUCUCAAAAGAUAUAAGUAGUAGAAGUAGUUUUGUGGCUAUCUGUGCAUUGUUAGACCCUUCCCUAUUAGUAAUUUAGCACCGCUGGAUUUUUUGGUUGAUUUUCCUAUGCUGGGUGGUGUUGGUGGGUGGUUCAGGUGACUAUCUGUUCACUCUAUUCAAAUGGACUAGUAUAUGUAAUUUUGUGGCUAUUGAGAGUUAUCUGUAGGAUGUGAGGGUUUGCGUGUACCCUUGCUAUGUAGGGACGCUUUGUGCACCACUGCAUUUUUUUGGUUGAUUAUCCUAUACUGGGUAGUGUUGGUAGGCGGUUCAGGUGACUAUCUGUUCACUCUAUUCAAAUGGCUGAGUAUAAGUAGCUUUGUGGUUAUUGGGAGUUAUCUUUAGGAUGUGGAUAUUGCUUGUAGCUUACUGGUCUUUUCUGAAUGAAUACCUGUUUAUCCAAGAUGUUACAAUGCCGAAAUCUUAAUUUAUUAGGUUGGGGUUUGCAAGAAGCGAAGAUCUUCUCAAAAGCAAGUUUGAGAAGCCAGGGCUUCGAGGAGGUUUGCUUUUGGAAUACAAAAAAGAUUCUGAAAGGGUAUUGCUUGCAGUUGCUCAGAAACCUGAUGGAAAGAAAAACUGGAUGGUUUCUGAUCAGAAUGGUUCGACAUGCUCAAUAAAACCACAGCAGAUAACUUAUGUUGUUCCUGGUGUUGACAAGUUUGACCAUAACCAAAUUCCAGAUUUUUUGCAAAGAGCACAGGAUAACUUGGAUCCAUCUCUCCUUGAGCUUGCUUGGGCUGAGCUGCUUGAGAAGAAUAAAUCAGUGACUCCUGAAGAGCUGGCAGAGAUGAUUUAUGGUAUUGCUGAACCUCUGGAAAGCUACUGUGCACAUCUCUUGCUGUCAACGGAUGAGAUCUACUUCUCUACUCCGGAGAGUAAAGGCUACUGUUCUGUUUACACUCCUCGGCCUACAAAUCAGGUUGAGGAACUUCAUAGGAGGAAACUUAUCAAGCAGGCUGCUGAAAAGAAAUUACAGGAGUUCCUACAGUUGUUGCAUCAAGCUAAAUCAAGACCUAUUGAUGCAAAGCCACCCAGAUCCUCAUGGAUUCUGGAAGAAAGAAUCCAUGAUCUUAUAGAGGCCCUUGUUGCUUAUGCAGUUGCUGAAGUAUGUAGUGAUAGCCAAAAGAGAACAGCUGAGACGAUUCUUACAGCCAUGGGUUUUGCAAAAACAGCAUCAUCAGCAUUAAAUCUUCUCAUUGAUAUUGGUUAUUUUCCGGUGCAUGUUAAUCUUGAUCUUUUAAAGCUGGACAUUCGUACCAAUCACUCAGAGGAUGUUGUGGCAGCUGCUGAAGAAUUGUUGUCAGAUUCUUGUGAUAUAGAUCAGAUUCGGAGGAAGGAUCUUACCCACUUGAAGGUCUACGCUAUCGAUGUUGAUGAGGCUGAUGAGCUUGAUGAUGCACUUAGCGCGUCAAGGUUACAAGAUGGCCGAAUUAAAGUUUGGAUACACGUGGCGGAUCCGACCUGCUUAGUUCAACCUGGAAGCAUACUGGACAAAGAGGCCAUGAGCAGAGGUGCUACAGUGUUUCUGCCUGAAGCGACUUAUCCUAUGUUCCCAGAGAAGCUUGCAAUGGAAGUGAUGAGCUUAAAACAAGGGGAGAAGUGCAAUGCUUUGACAGUAUCUGUUUUGCUGCAUUCUGAUGGCAGCAUUGCUGAGUAUUCAGUUGAAAAUACUAUAAUCAGACCUACCUACAUGCUCACAUAUGAAAGUGCAUCAGAGCUCCUUCAUUUGAAUCUUGAAGAGGAGGCAGAGUUGAAGAUUCUGUCAGAGGCUGCAGCUCUACGUUUGAAAUGGCGCAGAUCACAGGGUGCUGUAGGCACCACAACAUUAGAAGCACGUGUCAAAGUGGCAAAUCCUGAUGAUCCAGAACCACAGAUCAAUCUUUAUGUGGAGAAUCAAGCUGAUCAUGCUAUGCGCCUUGUUUCAGAGAUGAUGAUUCUUUGUGGAGAGGCUAUUGCUACAUAUGGAUCUUACAACAACAUACCUUUACCUUAUAGAGGACAGCCACAACCAAAUGUUGAUGCAUCUACAUUUUCUCAUCUUCCAGAAGGACCAGUUAGGAGUGCAGCUAUUGUUAAAAUUAUGCGUGCAGCCACGUAUGAUUUUAGACAGCCAAUACACCAUGCUGGUUUGGGACUUCCUGGCUAUGUUCAGUUCACAUCUCCUAUACGUAGAUAUGUGGAUCUACUUGCUCAUUAUCAGGUUAAAUCUUUUAUUAGGGGUAACGCUGCUCCAUUUUCAGCUGGUCAGCUGGAAGGGAUAGCUUCAAUAGUUAAUAUGCAGCAUAGAGUUGCAAGAAAGCUGUGCAGUACUAGUCUCCGGUAUUGGUUACUAGAAUAUUUAAGAAGGCAGCCAAAGGAAAGAAAGUUCCGUGCUCUUAUACUCAGAUUUAUUAAGGAUCGGAUUGCAGCCUUGAUUCUGGUUGAGGUUGGGCUACAAGCUUCCACAUGGGUUUUAGUGGGUUCCAAGGUUGGAGAUGAAAUUAAAGUUCAGGUAGAAGAAUCGCAUCCUAGAGAUGAUACUUUGUCCCUUAAGCAGGUUGCUGAUUAAUAUGGAUCUUUGUUAUUAGUAAGUGCCUGUUGAUCACAUGAAAGAGGAGAAAGUGUUACUUGUUCGUCUCUUCAAAAUCGGAUGUGCAGUCGAUGAUGGCAAUGCUGCAGCAAGAUCCUGUUGACUGUGGUAGUCGAUGAUGGCCGUAUUUGGUUUAAUGCCCGAAACACAUUCAUCGGCUACACCAUUGUCAAUGAUAACGAGCACCGAUGAUUAGUGAAAUGAAUUUGGGUGAUUGGCUUGCUGUAUAUGUCAUGCCCGAAGAACUGCGCAAGAAAUUCAGUUUUUACUUGCUGGCUCAACUUUUGACGUUGUAUGUUUUGUGGUUUCUACCUUUGAAACCACAUGUAAAGUAUUAUCUAUUGAAUAUCAUAUAAUGUGGCAUUAAUGUAUGUAAUGAAAUGUACAGAGCAUGUUUAGGAAAUUUUCUUUCCUUCAUAAUUGUGGUAUCUUCAUUCUCUUUUCAAUUCAUUGUUUGCAAGGCUCGCUAGCCAGGAAUGGAUCACUCGCCUCACUCAUUCACACUGCUUUGCGAGCAUGCAUGGGAGUCAUAAAACCCGAAGCCUUAGAGACAAUCUGUGAUGGGUCGU